UUAAACAAAUAAAUACAUAUAGAUAACAAAUAUAAAUAGCAACAAUUAACAGUCAUGCAUUAUUCAACAUAAAAACAUUUAUAUUUAAAGAUGUGUAAAACAUAUUAAAAAUGUUAUUGGUUUACAUUCCUUUGGUGAGUUUAGUGUUUGUGAUUUACGUAAAAUGGCGGUUGAAUUACUGGAAAAGACGAGGAUUGUUCCAGUUAGAUCCAGAAUUCUUUUUUGGAAAUACCCGGAAUGAAGUGCUAGGUUCUGUAUCGAAAUUUGAAGUAUUUAGGGAUAGAUACCUUUAUAUAAAAUCAGUGAAUCGGAAACAAUGUGGGAUGUAUGCUUUUCUCGAUCCCUGGUAUCUUCCUGUUGAUCACCAAAUUAUUAAAAACAUUCUUCAAAGAGAUUUUUCGUACUUUGAAAAUCACGGAAUGUACCAUCAUGAAAAAGACAUAGUUAGCAUGAACCUCUUUAACAUAGAAGGCGAGGCUUGGAAACAAUUGAGAGUUAAACUAACCCCAUCGUUUUCUUCAUUAAAAAUAAAGACAAUGUUCCAGAUUUUACUGGAUAAAACUACGAUUUUAGAAAAAAUAAUCCAUUCAUAUUCAUCAGAAAAUGAACCAAUAAAUAUCAAAGAUAUGAUGAGGAGAUUCACUAGUGAUGUGAUAGCGAGUUGUGGAUUUGGAGUUGAAGCAAACUCUAUGGAAGAUCCUGAUAACGAAUUCACUCGAGUUGGCAUGGAGGCUUUUUAUCCAGGAUUACUAAAAUUCUUCUUGAUCGAAACUUUCCCUGCUGGACUAUUGGCAAAUCUAGGACUUAGAAGCAAUGGAUAUAAGACCUCAAAGUUUUUCAGUGACUUAGUGACACAAACUCUUCAAUACAGAGAAAAAAACAGUAUAUCUCGAAGUGAUUUUCUUCAGUUAUUGCUGGAACUAAAACGCAACAAAACGAUGACUGAUAACGAGAUUAUCGCUCAGUGUUUUAUAUUUUUCAUUGCUGGGUUUGAGACGUCAAGUACGACGGCGAUGUUCGCCAUGUUGGAACUUGCGCAGAAUGAAGGAAUUCAGAAUAAGUUGAGAGAUGAAAUUAGGAGUGUUCUGGGAAAGCAUGGUGGAGAUCUUUGUUGUGACGCUGUUAUGGAAAUGGAAUAUUUGGAUAAAAUUGUCAACGAAACUUUAAGAAAAUUUCCCCCUGGUGCUGUUAUACCUAGAAGAUGUACGAAGACUUACAAAGUUCCUGGAACGGAAGUGGUCAUCGAGAAAGGUACUAGAGUAAUUAUACCUGUCUGGGGACUUCACAGAGAUCCAGAAUUUUAUCCCAAUCCCGAGGAAUUCAAUCCAGAAAAUUUCAGUACCGAAAAUAAGGCAAAACGACCGGAUAUUGCCUAUAUACCUUUUGGAGAAGGACCAAGAAUGUGUAUAGGUCUUCGUUUUGGUGUUCUUCAAACUAAGCUGGCCCUUAUAGCCCUACUCAGGAAUUUCAAACAUACACUGAAUAGCAGAACUAAAACUCCUAUAGAGAUAGAUCCUGAAGCCAUAUUUGUUCUUAAUAUCAAAGGAGAUGUUUGGCUCAACGUAUCCAAAGUUUAAAUUAUAAGGACCAUAACUCUAAUUGCAAAUAAUAUUUUGGGUAUUUGUGAUUAACUGAUUAUUUUUUUUAUAUUUACAUAUAUAUCCUAAAUCUAUACUAAUAUAUAAAAUCCUUAAG